AUGGGGCGGGUGCGGGGCGCGGCCUUCGACAUGCUGGCUGCGCUGGCGGGGACGCCCGGGCGCCUGGCCCCGGGGUCCACUUGGCUGGACCUCUUCGCCGGCACGGGGGCAGUGGGGCUGGAGGCACUGUCCCGCGGCGCGGCCGGCGCCACCUUCGUGGAGGCCGACGGCUGGACUGCACGGCGCGUGCUGGGCAGGAACCUGGCGGCGGCAGGGGCGGAGGACGCCGCCGACGUGCACGUCGCGCGCGUGGAGGACUUCCUCAAGCGCAGCGGCCGCAGGAGCGCGCAACGACCCUACGACUUCGUCUCCGUCUGCCCGCCCUACGAGCUCGUGGACUACUCGCUCCUGUAUGAGCUGCUGGGCGAGUCGCCCCUCCUGCACGAGGAGACGUUUGUGCUGAUGGAGUACCCGCUGCGGCUGCGCCACCUCAUCCUGCCCACGCUGGGCCCGCUGACCAAGCUGCGGGACAGGCGGUAUGGGAGGACCUUCCUGGCGCUGUACGGCCCCGUGCAUGCGGACGGUUGA